AUGAGGAACUCGAUUUUGGCGGUUUUCGUUUUUUGUUGCGUUGUUGUUAGGACGGAUUGCUUCGAUUAUUCGGAUAGUGAUGUGGAAAGCGGAUGUGUUGAAAAUUGCCCGAAACAGAACCGGACGGAUACGGACCAUUAUAGUUACGCCUGCGACCACGACUGUUUUAUAGAACAGUGCGUGAAAGGAUGCAAACUCUGGAGGAAAGCUCUAAGUUCUACAUGCAAAGAAACCUGCCCAUUACAGAACGGUACCACCGAACGCCUGAAGCCCAAGUACCUGUACUGCGUGAGGGGCUGCAAUUACGCGGUGGACAAGUACGUGUCGAACCUCAAGCAGCUGAUCGGCACGCCUCCGGUGCCCGCCCUGCUGGCCGACUCCCUUCGCUCCAACUCCUUGAAGCUGGAAUGGAACUUCCCCGCGGCCAAGAAGAUGGGCCUCAGCUGCCUGCCGCAGUGGCGCUACGAGGAGCUCUCCGCCUCCAAGUCUGCCUGGCAGUCGUGCAGGAACACCACCUGGGACGCCGACGCCAACGUGUUCUACCUGCAGGAUUUGCAGCCUUACACCAAAUACAGGUUUCGCAUUGCUAUAUUCCUGGACUCGGAAAUCGGGCAGGACUACGGCGAGCUCGCCGUUUCGAGCGAGAGCGUCGUCAUCAGUACGGCGCCCGACGGGCCGCCGGCGUCGCCGCCGCAGAAUGUACGAGCCAAUCCAGUGGACUCAUCAAGUAUAAGCAUCAGCUGGGAACCCGGACCUUUCCCGCACGGCCCUCUCCUCUCCUACGUUCUAAAUAUUACCGAUAAUCAUCGAUCGGAAGUCAAGGACAUUCCUCCCGAUAAAUCGGACAUUGUAGUCGGCGACUUGAAAGCGUUAAAUAAUUAUUCUGUAGAAUUACGAAUGAGGAACAAAGAUGGGUCCGGACCUCCGGCCACGAUAACGGUCUCUACGCCAGCAGAGCGACAAAUGACCAAUAUUCAGCAACCUCACUUAAUACUGGCCACGAAUUCUACAGUAUUUGAAAUCAACCACAUCAUCUUAGAAGUGGAGCCAAGGAUACUAUACAUCAGCAAAAUCGAAUUGAAAGGCAUUGGUUUCCACUACAGCAAACGAUUGCUGUUCGUAGCGGAUAGUGAUGGUUACGUAACGAAAAUCCACCUUUACCGGGAUCCCACGACCAGCAUGCGCAUCUUGGAGCCGCAAAAUUUGGAUUUCAAGCCCUUAGAUCUCAACGUAGAUUGGCUGAACGAUCAGCUGUACAUUUUGGGAGAGAUAAAGUUCAAUACCGCUUACAUUAUAAAGCGGUGUGAUUUAGACGGCGGUAAUUUAGUGGUGGUUUACGCGGGAUUGAACCAGAAGCCUUCUUCCAUGCAAAUCGAUCCUCUAAACGGGUACUUAUUUUGGGCGAUUCAGGAUUAUAACAACGGCGGUUUUUUUCGUUUGGAUAUUAAUGAUAUCAGCAACGGUAUUCCGGCUGAUAAGAAAAUCAAAAAAAUACUCAACGAAACCGAAUUGGGAGCGUUCACCUUCGAGUACCAAAAUUUCAACGUGCUGCUCUCCUACCACCGAUUGAACACCAUCAUUUCAAUAUCUCUAGACGGGCAAGAUCACAAGAACAUCCGGCCCAACGUCUCGGCGGCCAAGCUCACCAAAGUGGUGUCGCUGGCGAUGGAGAACCGGAUAUUCUACUGGACGGACGGCGUCGACGUCUACUUCGAGGAGUACAACAAGCAGCAGUACUACCACAACACGAUGACCGAGCAAAAGUACGGCCACUACAAGAAAGUCUUCAUCGAUUCGCCGAACUUCCAACCGUGGCCGACGCCCAUCAAUCCUCCCACCAGCGUCCAAGCCAUAUUCGAUCGAGACAUAGCCAAAACCAGGUGGCAACCACCUCAUUUGGUCGGACUGCAAGGCAAAGGAGCUUGGCAAAACUGGUCGUACGAGAUUUCGAUAAGGGAAGCCGCCAACGAGGAGCCGGUGUACUACAGGAACAUCAACACCACCUCCUACACCAUACCGAAUUUGAAGGAAAACACCGAGUACAUCCUGAAGGUGGCGGCCUACACGAAGUCCGGGCGAGGCCCGUGGUCCUCGGACUUCCGCGGCAUCACCUUGAACUCCACCGAGAGCCCGGUGCUGCUGUGGUCGGCCGCCGAGGGGCUGCUCAAGUCGAACGCGGCCGGCGAAAAUCUGGAAGUGCUCAUCGACAGAAGCACGAUGAGGGAUUAUUACUACACCGACAUCGCCUGGAUCGAGGACCAGGUGUUCUUGGUGACGAAUACUUCUUUGGUGUAUCGUUACAACACCACUUCUAAAAUAUACGAUAGAUUGGUGGAUUUGGAUCAAGUUGGAAGCAUCGCGGUGGACUGGAUAGGAAUGAAGUUGUAUUGGUCCAGUCCUAAACAACAGCUGAUUCUCCGCGCGAAUCUAAACGGAUCAGAGCAGGAGCCUCUGUUACCGCUGCUGGUGAAGGAGUUAAACAUAGAUUCUGUGAAAGCAUAUCUCUAUUAUUCAUCGGGUAUAAAACUGGAAUGCGCCCGCUUGAACGGCGUUGAGAGAGUCGAGUACCACGAUGUGCAGUUUUUCUCCGGAAAACAGAUCAUGGGUCUGACGUUAGAUUUCGAACAAAAAUUCGUGUAUUGGAUAGUCAGAGGCAACGAAGGAUCUAUUUUAUACAGAGCUCGGAUGAUGGGCUACUGGGAGAACAAUAUGCCGAACGUGGAAAUAAUUUCCAGUCUCCAAAAACCGAACAUUCAAGGAUCGUUGAGCUACUUCCACAAGCGCCUCCUGUGGUUGCAGGACGACAGAAACGCCGCCAUCAGCGAUUUGUCAGGGAAGAAUAUCGCCACUAUUAACGGAAAAUACAUGCAAGGAUUACAGAUGGUUUACGUAGCCGACUCGUCCUUGUAUAUGCUUCCAGACCCUUGGUUACAAGUUAACGUUAUUCCAAGUAUGGUGGACGAGAAUUCAGUGAAAGUAUACGGCUCAUAUCAAUCGUUUAAUAUUACAUGGAACCCCAUAACAAACGUGAAUUACGGCACAGUUUUUUACGAACUUCAAGACACCAGCCAGUCGAAACUCAACAGCUUCGAUAUAGUAACAACAGAGCCUUCGAUCAAAUACUGGUUAAACGUCACACCGUUCACUCCCAUAAACAUCUCCAUCAGAGCGUUUACCUACUGGGCGGCAUCUCCGCUGCUCCACACCCAGAUCAUAACGCCGUCUUCUACGCCUUCCGCGCCGUUGAACUUGAGGACGUUCGUCGAGUUCGAAAGGCACUCGUCGCUGGAGAACCACUACGUGAACAUCACCCUCAGGUGGGACCCGCCCGCGACCCCUAACGGGGUGUUGCAGGGCUACAAGCUCAGGUGCUGGAACGCCGUCAACGAAGAUCUCUGCGAUAACGAUGUCGUUAUCAACGACACUGAGUAUAGGCUACGAGCGAAUUCCGGGGAGUAUUUCUUCGAGGUUCAAGGUUUCACGAAGGUGGGGUUGGGCGAGAAAUCCGCACCGAUUUCGGUGAAUACGGCCGUGGAACGCCCGAUUCCCGCGCUUCUCGUCGCUUCGGAAUCCUCCAUAAGCUUGUACGAUAUAGACUUGAACGAAACUACUCCGUUGUUAACGGGUGUUAUUGAACCUAAAUUGAUUACGUAUCACUUAAAGGACAACAACAUUUUCUGGGUUGACAAAAAAGGCGAGUUGUUCGUUUUGAAUUGGCGCGAUAAUAUCCAGAGGAAAAUUUUCGAGAUCAACGGACAGGUGGACUGCAUAACGCUCGAUUGGGUGGGGAAGAGUUUGUACUACGCGCAGCGAUUGGAAGGCGAAUGCACCUCGGCGAUUUUCCAGCUCGAUUUAAGCGCGAAUGCUUUGGAGAGCCGAAGAAUCCUGGAGUCCUCGGAGGGCGCGAUAACCCAGCUCGAAGUAUCGCCCUUCACGAGAAGCCUCUACUGGAUCGAAACGUCCAGGACUCAAACGUACGAGCUCAAACAAAGCGACAUCGACGGGAGCUACGAGAGGUCGUUUUUUACCAAACAUCCAGCUUUCGGUAAACUGUCGAACUCCAACUGUCCUUACAAGCCGCAAAUCGGGCCUUACUUCGCGCUCGACCAUUCCGGCCUCGAUUUGAGCCCCAGGAUCGUGUUUCUGGACGCCCGGUGUAUCCUUUGGGCGGACAAGUACUCGGACACUUGCGGAUUGCUCGUCGAUUUCAACGAGGCGAUCGAGGAUUUUCCUAUGAAGAAUUUAGAGGCGGAUUUCUUGAACGUUUAUUGGACGAACGGCGGUGUUGUUCAUUCUGUGGACUGGAAGGAGCAAAUCGCCAAGAAACAGAUUUCAGACAUGAAAAUAUACGGAAAACACGUCCAACCGUACCCACCACAAAGGUGCCUGAGCCCCAAACAGCACAACAACUACACUGUUUCGUUGGCGUCGAAAACGUUCGACUCGGUGGUGAUCGAACUACCGGAGCCUUUGAUCUACAAUGAAUGCAGGAAUAUUUCCAUGGCUAGAAUUAAAUAUACGGUCUAUUAUACCGAAUUCGUGGAGGGUUUCGACUGCGACGCUAACGCAAACUGCUCGAUGUUGGUAACGUCCGAUAGAAGGCGAGUUUUGGAUCAUUUGAAGCCUUACACGAAGUAUCUGAUAAGAGUGGCUGUUACUAACGAAUAUUCCAAAGAGAACGAUAUUAUUAUUGGACCGCCGAGCGUGUUCCAAACAUCUCCAGGAGUGCCUUCGCAAUCCAGAAACGUGUCAGCUUUGGUGCUCAGCCCUAACUUAGCUGUGAUAUCUUGGCUACCGCCGGAGGUACUGAACGGCAUAAAGGUGUACUACCAAAUCCUCUUCCAAACGGAAAACACCCCCUCGGGCGUCCGGCAACGGGGAGAGGUCAAUGUCAACAGCUCGAACGUGUUCAACGCUUCCCUCACAAACCUAUCCGCGAACGAAACCUACACGAUUUGGGUGCGCAGCUACAGCGAAACGAACGACACCUACUCGGACAGCGACCGGGUGCAAAUCACCACCUACCCGGGGCCCAAUCCCCUGCUGUUGGCCGACAGAUCCGCCUACGAAUUGCGGCUGUCUUGGGAGCCCACCGAUCACACGGUGUCCUGCAAAAUCGAAUAUUCCCUGCUGACCAACAACGACUGGCAAUCGAUCAAUUCGACCAGAAGAGAGAACGACACGUUGCUGAUCCGAAUCGAUCACCUCAAACCGAAGACUCAUUACAAAUUUAGGUUGAGGUUGUUGUACGAGGGUUACAAUGAGGAGUACAUUUGGCCUAAUAAAUUCACUUACGAGACGUUGGGCGAUAGACCUAGUCCACCUGGAAUACCUAUAAUUCAGUACGUAAAUCCCAACACUUACAAGGUGCUAUGGGAAGCUUCGAAAGAUAACGGGGCGCCUAUCACAAUAUACAAACUAGAGGGUAAAACAUUGCGAUUCUACCGGAAUAAAAGAAGCACCAGCAACAGAACCGCUUAUUUCAAUACAGCUCCAUCGAUCGAAUUGGAAGAAACCGAACAAUGGGUUACCUACUACAACGGAACUAAUACGUCUUGGAUAAUAAACGGGCUCAACGAGAAGCAAAAGUACGCCUUUAGAGUUUCAGCUUUAAACUCGUACGGUUGGAGUAACUUCAGCGAAGAGAGCAACGAAUUCGAUCUGACCGAAGCGGCCAGAAUGGCGGAGAAACAGAACCCCACCAAUUUGAUCGUUAUGGCCAUUACGAUUCCCAUCGCCAUAUGCGUUGCUUUGGUCUUAUUUUUGAUCAUCAUCGUAUACUUCGGAAAAGACAAGGAAAAGGCGCUGCAACAGUUACCUAUAGCGCCGAAAGGUCCAGACGGCGAAUUGGUCAGGCUCAGGGAUAUGCCUACCAGGGGCAUCCACAGGACCAAUUUGCUUUAUGAGCAACCAACCGAGGAAGAAUUGAAGCUUCUACCUCAAAUAAAACGAGAACAAAUAACAUUGACCCAAUUCUUGGGCAGCGGCGCCUUCGGCGAGGUGUUCGAAGGCAAAGCCAAAGGAAUCGAUGGCAUAAACGUUGAAACCAAAGUAGCCGUUAAGACGUUGAAGAAGGGCGCGUCCGAUCAAGAGAAGUGCGAUUUCCUCAAAGAGGCCAAUCUGAUGAGCCACUUCCAGCACGAGCACAUCCUCCAGCUGCUCGGCGUGUGCCUGGACAACGAUCCGCAGUUCAUCAUAAUGGAGCUGAUGGAAGGAGGAGAUCUGCUGUCGUAUUUGCGGAACUCCAGGAAUCCAUCUACUUCCACGCAACCGCUGACGCUGAUCGAGCUGCUCAAAAUGUGCGUGGACGUGUCGAAAGGGUGCAGGUAUUUAGAAGAGAAGCACUUCGUACACAGAGACCUGGCCUGCAGAAAUUGCCUGGUGUCUUCGAACGAUACCGAAUCGAGGAUAGUGAAAAUCGGCGAUUUCGGGCUCGCUAGAGAUGUGUAUAAAAACGACUAUUAUCGAAAGGAAGGAGAAGCGCUUCUUCCUGUAAGAUGGAUGGCUCCGGAAUCCCUAACAGACGGUUUCUUCACCAGCCAAUCCGACGUGUGGUCUUUCGGGGUCCUCCUUUGGGAGAUAAUGACCCUAGGGCAACAGCCCUACCCGGCCAGAACUAAUACGGAAGUUCUGCAUUACGUGAGAAGAGGAGGACGGUUGGGCAAGCCAGUCGAUUGUCCCGAAGAACUGCACAACUUGUUGCUGAAAUGCUGGGAAUUCGAUCCGGAGAAGAGGCCCACGUUUAAAUAUUGCUUCGAAGUGCUAGAGGCCUUGCACAGGCAAACAUUGCGAAAUCCCACGACCGGCGCCCACGAAGGUCAAUACGUCAGUACUGUACCAGAUCUGUUUGCUGGGAUAUCGAAUGCAGCUUAUUUUCGUGAUGAAAAUCACAACAGUUCAGGAAAUUCCUGGAGGAGUCCGGACGAAUCGCCCAAAGAAAUGAUGCCGUUGUUGAAUAAGGAGGAAGCGCCUAAAUAUCUGGAAGUUAUUAUGGGGCCCGAGAGUGUUUUAGAGAACGACGGUUAUGAGGUUCCUAAUAAAUUUUAA